CAACGCCACUGCUUCAGUUUGUUAUUGUUGUUGUUUGUAGUAUCCGCGUUGAGUGGAUUGCCAAAAAUCGUGAACGUAGUUAAACGAUUAAAUAGUUCAUUAUGCCGAUCUUGGAUAAACGUAAAGGAGACGAUAUUUUAGCUUUAGUUCCAGCCUCGAAGAGAACUAAAAAUGAGGUCGUCUUCAGUAGCAGAGAAAAGGCGGUCGUACAAAACGGACCGCCUAGAACGUCAAAUUUACUUGCACCGAUCAUGCUUCUUGAAGGACAUCAAGGAGAUAUAUUUUCUCUGGAAUUUCAUCCAGAAGGCCAAUAUCUCGCUUCGACCGGAUUCGACAGACAAAUUUUCAUUUGGAACGUCUAUGGUGAAUGUGAAAAUAUUUCUGUGAUGACUGGGCACAGUGGAGCUAUCAUGGAAUUACAUUUUAGUCCCGAUGGGAAUCAUUUAUAUACGGCCAGUACAGAUAUGACAUUAGGUUUAUGGGAUAUUGUUGUUGGGACUAGGAUUAAAAAACUGAAAGGUCACACUUGUUUCGUGAACUCUGUGUCUGGGGCAAGGAGGGGACUUACACAACUUUGUUCAGGUAGUGAUGAUAGCACGAUACGUGUUUGGGAUCCCAGAAAAAGGGGUCAGUGCUAUACCCUGAACAAUACUUAUCAGGUGACUGCGGUGACAUUUAACGACACAGCGGAGCAAGUAAUAAGUGGAGGUAUAGAUAAUGAUAUAAAAGUAUGGGAUUUAAGAAAGAAUUCUGUUCUUUAUAAACUCAAGGGACAUUCUGAUACUAUAACUGGAUUAAGUCUCAGCCCAGAUGGCUCUUACAUAUUAUCAAAUGCAAUGGACAAUACUUUAAGAAUCUGGGAUGUGAGACCGUUUGCUCCUUACGAACGAUGUGUAAAAAUUCUAUCUGGACAUCAACACAACUUCGAGAAGAACCUUUUGAGAUGUGCAUGGUCACCAGACGGUAGUAAAGUAUCAGCUGGAUCAUCAGACAGAUUUCAUUAUAUCUGGGAUACUACGAGUCGCAGGAUAUUAUAUAAAUUGCCUGGUCAUAAUGGUUCCGUGAAUGACAUUGAUUUUCAUCCUAAGGAACCUAUUGUUUGCUCUGGAUCCAGCGACAAACAAAUAUAUUUAGGAGAAAUCGAAACAAUACAAUAAGCAAAUUGGAACAUACUCAACAAUAUUUUUAAUCAAAGACUUGUACAAAAUAAAAUGUAUGAUACUGAAUAAAUUCUUUACUUGUCUAGUGUACAAAUUUA